AAAUACAAACUUUAGACGCAGACGACCACGAUGCAGUUUACAAACUCUGUUACGAUUGUGAAAACGAUCAUAAAUCAUGAUAAUAUGCAAUGUAAAUCACGUGUAAUCAGAUGAAGGUGAUAUUAAUAUUAGUAUGCAUAGUUUUUAGGUUAUUUCCUGUCUUUGGUUCCUCUUACGAAGGCUGCUUCAAAGAAAACCCAAAUGACCGAGAGUUCAGUGUUGCUGGUGGAGAUCUGAGCUAUGACCAGGCUGAGCCUUUGCUUUGCACUGCCAUCUGCAAGUCGAUGACUUUCAAGUAUGCAGCUUUACAGGAAGGCUAUGUAUGCGUAUGUGGUGACAGCCUUGGAAAGCAUAGCAAUGGGUCACAAUCAGGUUGCAUAUAUAGAUGCUCAGGAGACCAGGUGUCAAUGUGUGGAGGGCCUGGCUUUGGUAGUGUUUAUUCCACUGCUACGGCAGUAAAAGACUUCACUAUAACUGAUCCAGAUUUUCUUGAAGUGUUUCAACCAAGCAGUGUGUUGAUCUCAUUGGGAGAUGGCUCAGACAGCGCAUUCUAUGCUUUUGACUAUGGAGAUACAACUGGGGUUUCAUCAACCAUGCCUGAACCUCAGCCUCAUAUUUAUGUUGAAGUCGGAGUGUACCUUGUAUUUGCAUGGGUUUGGAACACAGAUUCAGGGCCCCUGGAAGCUAGGAGGGAAGUCUUUGUGGAGGCACCUAUUUCAGAUCUAAACACUAUUUGUGAUCCAUUUGUGGAAGUUGACCACCUAUUUACCUGUGUCAGUGGUGUUGGCCAGGGCACUAGUCUGCAAGCAACAUGGAAUUUUAAUGACGAAACCGAUACAGCAAGUAUGAAUGUUGCAGAUGCACAUCGCUUUAUCAUUGGAGAAUUUUUGCAGAGAAACAUCACAUCUGUCGAGCCUUCAUCUGAAAUUCAUGGAGUCUACAUCAUGCCGUUUCUUGAGGUUGAACAGGAAGGCACAUUGGAGGCUUGGGAGGUUUAUGCCAUCAAAGAAGGCCAGGUUCUAUUGCAGGUUUUUCGACCACUCUGUGCACCAGGAGAAAAAUAUUGCACAUUUAAUCGCACUUGUAUCAAUCGUUACUGGCUUUGUCCUCCAGUUGAAGAACGCAUGUGCCGCAAUGAGACUGCUUUCUGUAUUGAGGAAGGUUCAUGUCAACCAUUUACCGAAGUGCAUAUUCAAGCAUCAGAAUGGCCACUUAACAACUCAUGUACUUACAGCAACCAAAUGUUUGAUAACUUUACUACUUUAAGAGGAAAUACAACUGAAAAUAUCACAUAUGAUUUCUGUCAUCAGCAAAGUCAGCAAAUCCAGUACAAUUAUUCAUAUCAUUUUGGUGAUUGUAUAUAUACAGAGUCUGUCCAAGGUAUCACCAUCCCGUACAAACUAGUUGGCUCAAAUCUAGUUUACCUUACUGAAGGUUAUAACAUAUUUACUGUGCAAGCUGUAGCAAGGAUAUCUUUAAAGCCACAUGAUGUUUUGGGCUUUACACCAUACCAGCAGAAGUUCCCUGAUUACUACCCUAAGGCAGCAUAUCCACACAUAGGAGAAGUGGCCCAUACUUCAAACACAUUGGAACAUUUCUUCUUCCUUGAAAAAUCACUGUUACCUGAACUGGCUGAUUUUCACACCGAUGCAUCUCAGAAAUCUCAUGGCAAAUUUUAUGUACGAGCUCAUAUGUCAAAGAAGACAGAAGUCUGGAUCCAGCACAGCUUCACCGCAUCAGGAAUGUUCAGAGUAGAUGUAGAAUUUACUAAUAGACUUAAAAAGGUUGUUGAAGCACCAUCACAGAGGGUUGCAUCUCAGUACCGAAUCUUAAGCAUUGAGGGCUUAGACUUCACUCGUAAUCUUGGUAUUUAUUACGCAUGCACUGAUGUUGAAUACCCAAUGAAAGUAGAAAUAACUCAAGGUACAUUUGUCAGAUUCCAGUGGUUUUUUCCUAAUGGAUCAUCUAUUGUGAACGCUCCUUAUCAGACCAAUGGGGUCGUUGAUAAAUCAAAUGUUAAAACUCAGGACAGCCAAUCAUAUCACUUUGAUAAAAUUGGCAAUUACACUACGCUGGUGAAAGCUUAUAACAACGUCAGUGUGCAGUAUGUGACUCUUUUUACAAUUGCAAGGUAUAGGAUCUUGGGUCUCAACGGCAGUAUUAACUUGUAUCCUGGUGAUAACACAACAAAAGAUUGGAAUCUUGUUCUCUCUGGUUGUUGGUUCAACUUCAGUUCCUUGAUUACUUCUGGUAAUGUUGUGGAAUAUAUCUGGGACUAUGGUGAUGGCCAAGGGUCUGGAGACUGGCAGCCAGAUACAACGUACAGCCAUUACUAUGAGAAGCCAAGCACAUACACUGUUUCUAUUCGAUCUGAUAAUAUAGCAAGUGUAUUGGACCACACAUUUGUAGUAACUGCUGAGAAACCAAAUUAUAUACAUAUACCAGACUAUGGUACUAGUGAUAUUCCUGUUCCCAUUUUUUGCAAAGUUACUUGGCAUUCCGGUGAAGGCCUUGAAUUUCAGUGGGAUUUUGGCGAUGGUACUAACGAAACUGUCUUUAAUACCGGGUUCAUCUAUCAUAAUUUCUCCACUUACAGUGUAUAUGACGUCAGUUGUAAAAUUGCGAAUUAUCCUUUGGUAACCGAUACCCAGUCCAUCAUAAUACAGGAUCCUGUAGAGGGAGUCCUCCUGCAAAACAAAACAGAAAUUCUGGCAACAACUGAUAGUAUUGGCUAUACUGUCACCUGGACUCGGGGCAAUGAUGUCCAGUUUGCAUGGUAUUAUGGUGACCAAGUAUCAGAUGAUACAACUCUACAGCCAGACACAUCACACGUGUACAGUAUGCCAAACUAUUACUUUGUGAAUGUGAAUGUAUCAAAUGUUGUAUCUUGGAUGAUGUCUAAUCAGAUCAAAGUGGAGCUACAAGAACGUGUGACCAACACACAAGUGGCUUGUGAAGACAACAUGGUAUAUCAUACAGUUGAGGUAACCACCACUACCGACUCUGGUAAUAAGAUUUGGUAUGAUUAUGAUUUUGGUGAUGGGAACAGUGUAAAUUUUACAAACAGCAGUACUGCUACACAUAUUUACGUAUUACCAGGUAUUUUCCAUGUGUCUGUGACUGCUUAUAACAAUGUGAGUUCAGUUAUUGGAACAACACCUGUCCAGAUAGAUACUGUUAUUGAAGCUACUUACGUUGAUGCUUCUACACCCCAUGUGAGGGCACAUGAAUUGGAAUGUAAAUGCACUGCUGUUAAGGGUAGCAGUGCGUUGAUAACCUUUGAUUGGGGUGAUGGCAGUACUGAUGGACCAUUUGAUGGUAUAUUUGCAGGAAUAGAUUCGUAUUACACUAGUAAGCAUACCUAUGAAACAGAGGGCACAUUUAACAUUACCUGUUACAUAGAGAACCCCUGGAGCAAUAGUGCGAAUAGCACUUUGGUUGUGGUGCAAGAAGCCAUUGUGGAAUUAUUGUUUGAGCCAAAUGUGGCAGUCAAAGGAAAUAUAUUCAACUUCACUGUAUUACCUUUUGCUGGAGAUAGCCAUGAUCUGCUCCUUGAGUGGAACUAUGAUGAUGGCUUUCGCUACACAACAACAUAUCAUACACAUCAGUACGUUUACAGAGAUGCAGGGAAAUAUGAUGUUGUACUUAUGGCAACAAACCUUGUGAGUAAGUUGACCAUCAGUCAAGAGUUAUACAUCCAGGAGCAUGUAGUAGGAUUAAUGUUCCUUCAUGAUGUCAUGCCAGUUACUCCAGGCAACGCCACUGUCAUUUCUUGGAGCAUUGACUAUGGAACUGAUGUGGAAUACACAAUUGAUCUAGGUGAUGGUGUGACAGAAAUCAUACAACAGGCUGACGUAGGUAACAUGUAUAGCAUGUUUUAUCAAUACCAAGUACCAGGAUCCUACAAUGUAACAGUAAAAGCUGCUAACAUGCUAAAUAGCCUCCUCAUCAGCACUCUGGCUCACAUGGAGUACCCGAUAGAGGGCCUAACAGCUUACAUCCAGGGAAACAGCACUGUACACACAGACCAGUCUGCUUUCAUCAAGAUUGUCAUUGAGCAGGGUACUAACGUUGAGUACACCUGUGACUACCACGAUGGUUCCGCACCAAUUAAAACCACAAAACACUUCUGUAAGCACAUGUUUAUUGAACUUGGUCCGCAUCUAGUUACUGUUGCAGCAGCUAACCACCUGAGCGCUGAUGUCGUCUCUGCUAACGAGACCUACUUGGUUUUACUCCCUCCUAUUCCGCAAAUGAUCCAGGAUCUAUCAAUCCAUUCUGAAAAUGCUACCAUAUUUGGUAAUCCAACAUUCUUCUAUUUGGAGAAGACCGCAGGAAAUAUGUUCAACUGCACAUGGGAUUUUGGUGAUGGCUCAACUUACAUUAUUGAUCGGACAAUGUAUUAUACAGCAGUUAUCCAUACAUAUGAAGAGGUAGAUGAAUACGAUGUACUACUCAAUUGUAGUACCUAUGUGUACCCGCCAGUACAAGCCUACAAACAUAUACAUGUGCAACUGCCAAUCACAGGUCUUAUGUUUAACAUCACCCCCAUGACAGAAUAUGGAAUGGACUUUUUGGUUAAUUUCACCAUUGAGACUGGUACAGAUGUAGUCGCAACUAUUUUGUAUGAAGGGUUUGUUUUUCAAGCAUACGUUGAUAAUGAUUCAGGAAAUGGCUUUGGAGUUAUACCAGCAGCAUAUGUCAACCAGUCAGGAUGGGUUGAAAUUGUCAUCACUGCUGAAAACUUAGUCACUCAAAAAUUGUUUCUCACCAAAAAAAUAUAUGUGCAAAAUGAGGUGACAGGUCUGAAGUUUUGGGCUGACAAGCCUUAUGUGGCGGUGGGUACAAUUGUCACAUGUUAUGUUUCCUUAGACACUGGGACAAAUGUGACAUUUGAAUGGCACUUCGGGACAAAUUAUGUCGUUGAAACGUAUUUGAAUGAAACAUCAUCUAGAUUAAGUGAUUCUCGUUCUCAUUUCUACUCACAAGUUGGGUUGUAUGCCAUGUAUGUCAUUGCCUGGAACCGUUUCAAUGCAUUCACCAGCACCCCAGUGCUUAUUGCGGUCCAGAACAAAAUCCAUGGAUUUAGCAUCAGUACUAAUGACGCUAAAGUUGAAUACCCUAAUGGGACUGUUAUCAUAGACAUUCAAUGGAACACAUAUUUUAAAACUAUACCCACUAAUGCAACCCUCACAGUUGAUUUUGGUGAUGAAUCCGAGUCUUAUGCAACUACUCUGGAUGAUAUUCCUCAGAUUGCGAUUCUUCGUCAGACGUCAAUUGAUUGCUCAGAUGCCACAAUUCCACACUUUGAAUCUCAGUGUCAAAUUGAUGAAACGUUAGCAACUGAGAGCACCAAGCAGACUAUAUUAUCCAUAAAGCAUAGCUACAUACCAGGAGUUUACACCGUUACUGGCCUUGUAUAUAAUUUGGCUAGUGAACAGGCCAUAACUCUUACUGUGCAAAUACAAGAACCAAUUGUUGGCUGCAGCAUAAAUACAUUUUACUUGGAUGGUGAAGACCGGAUACAAGGAGGAGGUCCUGCAAACAAUUAUUUCUCCAUAGAACAUGCAGUUGUGUUUUCCGCUAACCAUACUCAAGGUACAGGACUUAGGUUUGGAUGGCGAUUUGGUGAUGAUGUUGUCCUUUUUACAAAUGAUUUGUUUACUCCACAUGAAUACCCUGCAGCUAGAGGCUACACUGUAAGACUCUUCUCUAGAAAUAUAUUUGGAUCAGUGGAAUGCAGUACACAAAUAUUUAUGCAGAAGAAAGUGAUUGGCUUAUACUUGGCUCAUAGUGGUCCUACAUCCAAGCAUCAACCAAUCACCGUCAUUGUUUUUGUUGUGCAAGUUGGUACAUCCGUCACAUAUAUUCUUGAUGUACCUGGUAAGAUUAACAUGACUUAUUACCUGGAGACACCAGUGUCAAACCAUGAUUCUAUUCAAGAAGCUCUAAAUAUCAUGGAUAAUAAUAUAUUCCUCCCUUUUGAUCCCUUCACACACUCUGUGUCAACUUUUGAACUUACUUUCAACUCCUCUGGUAACUACAGGGUUGAUGUGGUUGGAUUCAAUUUUGCUUCAUCAGCAUCUGCUAUGACAUAUUUACCAAUCACAAAAGAACCAUGUCAGCUGCCAAGAGUGAUUAUACUGGGUGGAAGCAAAAACUUUAGCGACCCUCUGACCAUUAAAAAGAGCUUCAACUUUAUCCUGUCAUCAGACAUCGGCAUCUUUUGCCAGGAAACUAUCUCUGCCACAAUCAGAUGGUCUGUACAUGUCCUUGAGUUCUUCAAUGGAGAACCACUGCCUCUUGACGCCUCAAACAAUUACAAUCAGCUGUCUAAAGAUGUCUUGCUUGACCAAGCCCAGCUUGUCAUUCCAAGAGGAGGUUUAGAUUAUGGCUGCUUUGUCAUACAGCUUACUGUUACUAUGAACAAUGAGGCUCAGAUCAGCAACUCCAAUCAUACAUACUUACAGGUGGUUCCUUCGCAACUUGUUGCCCACCUAUCUGGAGGACAUUAUGUUACCCACAUCAGGAAUGAGAGCUUGCUGUUAAAUGCAUCUUUGUCUUUUGAUCCUGAUGCAGUCAAUUCUUCCAGAGGCAAUGAUGCAAUUGCAGAAGGCUCAGGAAUCAACCUCCAUCCAGAUCCAGAUCUCAACAUAACCUGGUCCUGUCGACUUCAAGAUGGGAAAUCAGUGUUGACGCAGAUAAUGAAUGAGCCAGAGGAGUUGAACUAUGAUACACAGGCCCGUAGAGAUGUGUAUAAGAGACAGUUCUCAAUCAAUGUUAGUAAAGAGGGAAGAAAGAGUACAUUAUUUGAGCAGGAGGUUACCCUCAUUGAUGGCUAUUUUCCUAUCAUGAACAUUAUAUGCAUUGAGAACUGCAAGUACAAAGUAAGUCCGUCUCAUCGUCUAGUGAUAAGAGCUGUAUGUCAAAACUGUGGCAACAACACUGGAAAUAUCCAUUAUGAUUGGCAGAUGCCACUAUCAGGUGCCUUUAAUGGAAGCAUCACAGGUCCCAAUAGCAAGUACUUUGUUAUUCCAUCCACCACUUUGCUUAAACAGGCUGGGGAAACAUUAUUGGUUUAUCUUAGCGUUAAUCGGGAUCAUUCCCAUAUGGUAGGAAAAGCUGACUAUGAGUUUAUUGUAGGAUUACUUCCAGAGGCUGGGAGCUGUUCCAUCAUUCCCAUAUCUGGAAUAUCAUAUGAGACAUCUUUUUCUAUCAGCUGUCACGGAUAUUCAUCACAGCAGUACCCUUUAAGCUAUGAGUUCCUUUACAACCAUCGACCACAAAACAAGUUUGUACCAGCAAGUUUGUAUACCCUGAUUUACCACAGUCCAGAGGGCAGCACCCCACUUUUUAACCUUCCUGCAGGUGAAGGAGAUGACAAUAUUGUGCAGAUUCUGGUUAAGGUGACAGAUGUUGUUGGAGCUAUUGUUGAAGAGGCAUUACAAGUCGAGGUAACAGCUUCUACAUCUGAAGUGGUAGAGUCCAAAUUAUUAGCUUUAACUUCCAACCAAUCCAACACUCUGUUAGAUGAGCUAAUAGCAAAGGGAGAUACACAGGCAUCUGUGAAGUACAUUGGUGACCUCGCUGUCAUGUUAAACCAAGUUUCCAAGCAGGAAGGUGAUACUUGGGGCAAACAAUUAAACCAAAAGUUACGAUCAAAACUUGUGGAUGAUGUUGAAAAUGUUGUGCUGCAGACCAUUGAAACAUUGCAACAAAUGUCGUCAGUGUUGACGCAGAUAAUGAAUGAGCCAGAGGAGUUGAACUAUGAUACACAGAUUAAAGUUUCUAAAAAGUAUUCAGAUAUGCUGAGCUUAUUGCAGACGAACUUGAAUGAUCAAUUAUAUGAAGAGAAUGUUCAAGCGAUAUCAACCAACUUCUUUGCUGGUGCAUCCAACCUACUGAAAGCAGCCAGUUAUCAGAGUACUGAAUACUACGACCAUCUUAGCACUGAUCCUGAAGCCUGGAAUAAAUAUUUGGCUGAUGCUGAUAUUGCUGCAGAUGAUGAUGUUAUGUCUAAAAAUAAUUCUGCCAUGCUUGGUGUCAUGCAAGCACUGUUGUCAGAUGAUGUCAAAGCUGCAGCUGAUCAAAAAAGUAUGCCAGUUCCUGAACUGCUGGAUAAGAGCCGAAAUGUAACCAAGAAAAUGUUAGCCUUUGUUGACAGUGUUUCCAAUCUCAUCCUGAGACAUAAAGUUCCAGGAAAAGAGGCAUUAUUGCUGCAGACAGAUCAACUUUCACUGUUGCUCAAGAGGGAGGACUUGAAUUCCCUAGGCCUAAGAUUUUACUUGAGCCCUGAUGGUAGUUGGUUCAAAAUACCUAAAGGCAUGCUCACUGAGCUACACUCACAAUUUGGAGACGAAAUCAUGGUUCAGGUGAUGAGCAUGCCUGAUAACCCUUAUACAUGGCAUGCUAGUGGAUAUGAAGUGAGGACAUCAGUUGCAUCAUUAACAAUGAGAAAUCUUGAAGGUGAAACAUUGGCCGUAUCAGACCUGAACUCCAGGCUUGAGAUGCUGUUACCAAGAGGUGAUGCAAGCACGUUGGAGUUCGACACAUUGAGUACUGCACCAGAUGAGUUGCUGUUCGUCAAUUUCAACAUAUCAGAAAUGUACAGCUCCAUUCAUAUUGAUAUUGUGCCCACUGAUCCAAGAACACAGUUCACAGCCUAUCUCCGAUUUGGUUUCCGUCCAACCACUAGACUUUACGAUUUAAAGAUUGAGAUGCCUCUGCCAUCACACAGCCUCUAUGAAUCGAUCUACAAUGAUACAGCCAACAUCACUACCAACCCUUUCACAUGGUUCAUAGCUGAGAAUGUCCUUUAUUCAUUUGGUAGCUAUUACCUAGCUGUAAGACCAAAGCCACUGCCCAAAGACAAGUUCACAGUCUUGUCUGGCCAUGGCAAUGAUAGCUAUGCAGAUGACCCUCGUCAGCAAGUGGACUUCGAUAUCAAGAUUUAUAACGCUCGGUGCCUUUUCUGGUCAGAGAAGUAUGAGCAGUGGUUCCCUCAUGGUUGUGAGGUUGGAACUUUGACAAUGCCGUCUUUUACACACUGCCUCUGUAAUCACUUGACAGCAUUUGGUGGCAGUUUCUUUGUGGCGGGGAAGAAGCAAAUAUAUCAUAUCGAAGAGACAGUCAUCAUUGUUACCCUUGAGGAGAGUCAGCUAAUGUACUAUAUAUUGGGAGGCAUUCUCUGUAUUUUCCUAUUCUUACUGUUACUGGCUUUUAGACUUGAUAGACAGAUAGAUGAAAAGAUGUUUGGUGAUCUUCAAACUGGUCCCUACAAUUACCUGCUGACAAUAUUCACUGGUAAUGAGAUUGAUGCUGGCACAACCUCAGAGAUAUAUGCCAUGCUGUCAGACGGUUCUGCUCUUAGCUCUGGCCUCUACCAUCUAUCAAAUCCUGACAACUUAUCAUUCAAGCAAGGAAGCAUUGAUGCAUAUUUCAUGUCAACUCCGAAGCCUCUAAAUAACAUCACCUCUCUGACCAUUUAUCUAGAUGGCCAUGGAUACACACCCUCAUGGCACCUGAGCCAUGCUUGUAUUAUGGAUUGUUGGACUGGUGUACGAUAUUUCUUCUUUUGUAAUUGCUGGAUGUCAAAGAAUUGUCACCCUCAGACAUUUAAGGCAACCAGUAACAAAGAACUCUCUGGGAAGCUACAUUUGUUUGAUACUGAUGAAAUUCAUCAUGGUUUCUGGUCAUACUGGAGAACAAUUGGAAGCAGUUUGACCUUAACAGAGAUAACUGUUUCCUGGUUGGUUAGUGUGAUGAUGAUCAUUUCCUGUUGUAUUAUUUUUCAUAAUUAUCUUGGCUGGAAAAUAGAAGUUGACAUCCCAUUUAAUUUUUCUGCAUCAUCAGUAAUGUAUGGUUUGCAAGCAGGUUUAAUUUCCCUUCCUGUAAGGUUGAUGUUCAUUUAUUUCUUCAGUUCAAUCAAACCUCGUUUAGCUACAUAUACUUCUGAUGAAGAAGAGACUAAAUUAGAAGAGAGUCGUCAAAAGCCGCAGCGACAGUUGUCUUUAGAAGAUGUAGCACUGGAAGAAAAUGUUUCAUUUGAUGUGGAUAGUGUUCGUUCUAGUGUUUUCACCAGCUUCCCAGAGUUAGAGGUUUCUCAACAUUCUUUAACAGCCAUGCGAGUAAAUUCUGAAACUAAGAUUAAGAAGCGGGAUGCCCAACCUGCAGUUAAAGGCAGUGUUUCUCGUCGGUGGUCCCAGAUGCGGCACCAUGGUGCUAAAAAGCAUCCGUCUCAGAAAGACAGUGAAAGCAGCUCAUCAUUUACAUCAACCUCAACUGAUGCUUCCUCUGAAAGCAACAUGUUAAAGAAUUUAAAUCAGAAUGCUAAUCCACAAGAAGCACCAGAGCUAAUGUAUAUGUUUGGUGGUGAUAAUAAUCAGUGUUUGAAAGAGGGUCAGUGCUCUUCUUUCCUACAAACUGCAAACCACCCAGAAAAGCAGAUGCAUGCUAUUCUCUGCACAUUAACUAGAGAUGUUAAAAUGUUUAAAAAAACAAAAGAUUUGCAAGACAAAAAUUGCUUUAUUGAACGUGAACGAGUUGAGGAACUGAUAUGUAUUAGGAAGAGCUGUAAUGAUAAUUCAGAUACUGAUGGGAUGUCAGCAGAUUCAGAAACUGUUAAAGAAGAGUUGGAUAGUGGUGUAGUUACUGAGUGUGAGGAUCAUUCUCGGUGCACAAUAAAGAAAGAAAUAAGUGACUUUGCUAGACGAUUUCACCAGUUCACACUAGAAAAUUCUGGACGUAUAUACACAGGACCUGUGAAUGAAUUGGGUCAUAGAGAGUUUGCAAAGACUUACAAUUAUAAUAAUAAUGCAAAGAAUACAGAUAAAAAGAAGCAAGUGACUAUAUCAAAAACAUCAAAGAACAGUAGCAGAGAUGGUAGAUCUGGAAGCAGGAAAAAGAAAUCUGGAGGUAAAGGAACCAAAGGAUUUCAAAGAAAAUGCAAAGGUAAAGAAAUGAUCCAAAAGAACUUGUGGAAGCAAAAGCAAAGGAUGCAUGCUGAACUUGAACAGAAACAAAUGCAGACUGAUAAGCCAUCGUGUGUAACUAUCUUACUAGAGAAAAUCUGCAGAAGCAGAGAAAAGAGAUAUUUACCAUGGUGGGUUACCAUUUGUCUUUGGAUACUUGCUCUUUGCAUAGUUGCUGGCUUUGGAUUCUUCUCCAUCUACUUUGGCUUGGCUUAUCCAGAGAUAGUGGUGAUGAAUAUGGUGGUUGCGUUAAUAUCAGCAUUAAUCAUAAGUUUGAUGAAGGUACCAAUCCAAUGGGCAUUAAAUGCUUUUUUUAAAUCUUUAUUUUGGAAGAGGUUUUCAAUGUCAAACACCAGAUACAUUUUUGAACCUUUGCAGAAAAGAAAAGACUUGAAAGCUUUCCUAAGAUUCCAUAGAUUCAAGAAUAAAGCUGCAAAAUCCAAGAUCUAUGGUUCCAUGAAUUAUGAGCAAAAACCAAUUACAAAAAACAUGAGGACAUUAUGGAUAAUUGUGAAAAUAUCAGGAAGAGGAUUAUUUACGGCUCUGGUGCUACUAUUGGUUUUUGUUUUCAAUGAUCCACCAGCUUAUUAUAUGAAGAAAGCAACAGAAGACAUGUUUGUGUCUAAUUAUGAGACCAACUCUGUGUCAUUUUAUAAGGUAAGCAAGGGAGAAGAUUUCUUUCAGUGGUCAAAGCAAACUUUUCAUCCGGCAGCUUCUUUGGUGAUAGACAGAUCGCCCUUUUAUGAUCAUCUUAUGUUUCUAGGUUUUCCUCGAUUCAGACAAUUUAGAGUUCAAAGAACACGUUCUGAUUCUUGCAGGAACAUGAAUAUGACAAUGUUAAUUAAAGAACUUUGUGCUGUUCCAUUUUCAUCCACAACAGAAGAUCAAAAAGAACAUUUUGUCUCUUGGUCUCAGGAUUUAACCAGUGGAUCCCAAUUACCUGGAUAUGACUACAUUUCUCCAGAAGAAUCAUCUGGAGGAAUAGCCUACCGUGGCAAAUAUGCUUCUUAUUCUAAUGCCGGUUACAUAGCAGAGCUUGGACCUUCUUCUGACAGAGUAUUAGAAAUAAUUGACUAUCUCCAGCAGAGGAAAUGGAUUGAUCAGUUUACCAGAGCAGUCUUUGUUGAAUUUGCUGUAAUAAAUCUAUACACAAGUUCAAUCUGCAUUGUGACACUAGUAAUGGAGAUCUCACCUGGUGGCUAUGGUGAGUCAUCAGCAAACUAUGCUGUCCUUAGAUAUGCACCUUCUGAUAUAGAUCAGUAUAUUGUGAUGGCUUUAGCAAUACUGACACUAGCAUUGCUGGUUUCAAAUUUAAGGUCAAUGAACAAACAAGGCAGAGCAUUCUAUCAGAAGCUCAGUAACCUUGGAAAUCUUGUGUUCAUAUGUCUUUCAUUGACAGCAACUUUUAUGUCUUACAUGUACAUUGGGGCAUUAAAAACUAUUUCACUUAGAGAGGCUAGUGUUGGAGAGCUUCAGGAACUUGCUCAGCAACAGCAACAAUCUAAUGUAUUAGCAACAGCAUUGUUGAUGGUCACCAUUCUGAUGUUUCUAGAUUCAAUCAGCUGGAUUCCUCAUCUUGAAUAUCUUACAGCCACAUUAAAGGCAGUUCUAAAGAAAGUUCUUCUAGCACAGCCGAUCUAUAUCAUGACGAUGGCCUUGUUUGUGUUCCUUGGUAGAAUCUUGUAUGGUAGUGUUCUUCAGCCAUUCUCAUCUUGGGUGCAGGGUCUUCAACUUCUGUUUAGAGUCCUUCUGGGAGGCCUUCGAGAAGGAACACCAGAUGAUAUGACAUUACCCUACUUUUUCAUAAUUUAUGUCAUAAUGACCAGACUUUGCAUCCUUCUAGUCUUUGUGACAAUCAUCAUUAGGAUGUACUCAGCAAAGAAGUUAAGACUAGCUCUUGAAUAUUUUGUAGAAAGUGGAGUUAAGUCAAAAGCCAUUCGUAGAAUCCAAACAACAUUUUGCAUUAAAGAGACUUUAGAUAAAGUGCGAUUUCGGAAAUCAUUAGUUGCGAGAAAGUGGCGUUUGUGGAGGAACCAACAAAGUAUUAGUAAAGUUGUGCUAAAAAAAUCUAACAAAAUGAUACUGAAGAUUGACAGCAUUAUAAAAGAAGUUGUGUUAGACAACAAAGAGUUGUUUAAAAGGCCGGCUGACCUAGUGGAUGAAGUACUACGACAAAUAGGCCAGCGGAAAGGUACUACAGUUUAAAAUAUAUGGCAAAAUUUCCCUGAGAGGACUCAUAAAAU